CGACUCAACGAAACGGGCCGGCCGACCAACCGGCCCGGCGUGAUCGCGAAACGCUGGGCAGAGAGAGUUCGGCGCCUGGCGGCGAAGGCGGCGCUGCUUCGUCCCCCCGCGCUCGACAACCACCGGGCUUCUUCGCUCUUAGCACGCCUUGUCAUCGUCGGCGUUGAAAGGAAAGCGCGUCGUCGUCCUUCGUCAUCGAACGAGACGUGACAACUUUCCUCUUUUCCGGACGACACUGCAGCUCGAAGCGGCAACUGAAAGCUGCCGAAGAGUUUAUUCCUCCUUGUCGCUGGUGUUUUCUUACGCGUCGACAGGGUAGCGCUAGCCAGUUCGGCCCGACUUUCCGACGCUUCUACUUGUCUCGUAUACUUCACUGCUAAGUUGACGCACGCUAUAGAAUAGCUGAGACAGGCGGUUCGCGGAGGGCUGGAUAGCCGUAGGCGGUCGAAAAGAGGAAAAUAAGUAAUUCGAAGUAGGCAUGGUAGGGUAAAAAGCGAGGCAGCUUCCAUUCGGUCAAUCAGUAGAGACCCGCAUCAAGAAAGAAGCAGUCGUGUUAGACGGUAGCGCCCUGCGAUAACACACGGAAGGCAGCGUCACGUAGACAGUCAAGACAACUGCAGCGAGAAGCCUCGGACGACGAAAGGUGCAAGCAGUCGACGACCGGGAUCAAGUGCAGCGGGAAGGGGGCGUCCGAGAAAGGUUCGGCCCCUGGGGAGCCGCGCGGCUCGACUACUGCCCAGCAAGAGAAAGCAGCCGGACAGGCGAGGAAGGAACCAAGGGGGGUCCAUGUCGUCGCGGCUCCUGGCGUGCUGGCUGGCCCUGGCGGUGGCGCUGACGCUGCUGCUGUCCGAGGCGCAGGGCGCCAAAGGCCGCGGAGGCAAGCGAGGCCGGGGCCGCAUGCGCUCCUCCGGAUCGGCGCGAUACAUCUUCUACACGCACCCCAAGCGAAAGGAGUACUACGACAACCCGAACGGUGCCCAGAUCGAGAAGGCAUCGCACUUCGACUACGAGUUCUUUCUGGGCCACAAGAUCGUGUUCAUCUGUGUGGCACGUGGUGUACCUCGGCCCCGUAUCACUUGGUACAAGGAUGGCAUUGAGAUAUUCGCACACCCAUACAUGCAGUCCAUCUUGCAAAUAUCUGAGUGGCAGCUAGAAGGAGACCGUAUCAAGAGCAAGCUUGAGAUUGACCCAGCAAGGCAAAUGGACUCGGGGAACUAUGAAUGCCAGGCAGACAACAAGUACGCCAUCGACAGCCGAACCUUCAAAGCCGACUUCAGCUCCCUGGGCAGCUAGGCUGCAGCAGUUUGCUUGCUUCAGAAACUUGCAACAACAGUUACUAUCAGCAGACAGACACCAAAUCCACCUGACACAUGCAUCCACUAAAUAUUUCUCCAUUAAUCAGUUUAGACAUCGCAUUGAGUGACAGUAACCUGCAUCAUUCAAUGUGGCACAGUGGAUGGUUAGGCACAUGAAAGGCUCAGUUUCAGCAACAAUUGAUAGAAAGUCAAAAAUCAAAUCAAGCAAAUCAGCUUUUACUUGAUUCUGGAAAUAUAAGCUCAUGCAUUUAUAAAAGAAGAAGCACAAAAUUGUCACAAAGCAAACUUACACUAUCACGUCUAUGGACAAGCUGGAGAAUAGCUAGUGUGUCCAAAUCUCAAACAGAAAUUGUAUCUUCUAAAGCACCUCCAUCAUUUACACAUUUCAAUUCUUCAGCAACUAACCACAAGUGAGACAUCCAAUCUGCACAUAUAUUACAAGGCAGUAAAAGGACGAAUAUAACUUGCUUUUAUCUGUAUCAGAAGAGAGCAAAAUACCUUAUGUCGCAGAGUUAGUUUUUUUCUUUUUCCUUGUGUCUUAAACAUUAUAGUUCUGCUUUUUGCUCAUUUAGCUCUUGAAUCAUACAGGAAACAAGAUCUUAGUGAUAUGCCUACAUUGUAAAUAGUCAAUUCUAAUCAGCUUCCCUCCAUCUACUUAGUAAAACCAAACAGAGUGCAGAAAACCGACAAGAACAUACACUCCUAGAGCUUACUACAUCUGUUUACCUGCUGCAUUGUAGUGUGUUAUUUCCUGUCCCAAAACAGACUACAAAAUAUAAUUAAGAAACAAGAAGAGUACUAUCAGAAAGAAGUAGCACAGAGUUCCCACUUGCCUAAAGUUCAGAAACAAAGAUCCUGCCCAACAAAGCUUAAAUUCCUAAAUUUCUGUUUGCAUGCAACAACUUCACCCAUACAGGAAAAUGAACACAUACGAAACAAGCUUACAGCAGCAAUAAUGCAGAAAAUACUAAAUGCCAGAAACUUUACAAAUUUGAACUCGCACUCUAAAAGCGUGCAGAGAUUCUUUUUUUUAACAGCAAUGAAACCAAUGCAAUAAAAAAGAAAAAGUUCUCAACAUCAAGUUAAGGUUUCUUAAGCGCAUACUUGUAAACCAAACUCUCCCCCUUGUUAAGAUUGGGAAGCUCAUGACAUUCAACAUGAUGACACUACAGAAAUGGAUGGCAGAGAGUGGAGCCAUUCUGGCAAACAAGACUGUGGGUUCCAUUCAUUCACCCUCACAAGUGUUUCAUCAUUAGCACCAUCAUCGUGUAGUGCAAACAGCCACAGCUGACACAAGCAUGUACACACAACAGACCUUUGUUUCCCAUUAAAGUAACAGAACAGCAUCAAAACACUUGUACGCCCCAGCAAUCACCCGUUUCCUAGUACCUGUCAGUGCCAAAGUCUCUUUCAUGUCAAAGAUAAACAGGUGUCUUAUGCUUGGUACAAAAUGCCAAACACAAAACAGCAUGUACAUUACAAGUCCCUCGUUGCGCAUUCUGUGUGUAGCUCUCUAGCAGCUCUGCUCAUGUGUCUCUGAUUGUUAAAAAUAAAAGAGAGUUCGGCCAGCUGUU